AUGGAUGGUCUUAGCAUAGGCGCCUCAGUGAUAGGCAUCGCCACCGCCGCGAUCCAAAGUGUUCAGGUUCUUGCUAGGACUAUCGACAACAUCAAGAAUGUCCCGGAUACCAUCGCGACCAUCAAGGUAGAACUGCAGGCAGUGGAGCCUCUCCUCCGUCGCCUAAAUGUGGAGUUGCAGAGGGAUGACUCGCAAAUUAUCCUUAGCAAUGAGAUCAGGUUCGCUGUGCUCAACUGUGACAGAGCGUGCAAAGCUUUUCGUACGCUGUUAGAUCACUGGAUGAGUAAGUCGACGGACGAGAAGACAUUCUGGAUGGAUAGGUGGAGAGUAGGUUUGUUUGGGAAAGAAAGAAUCAUGACUUUGAAGGGACAGCUCAACGACUGUAAGGGUACGUUGAAUGUAGCGCUGUUAACAGCCACAACUAUCGCAACGACUCGUCAAGAGAAUAUGAUGAAUGAACUGAGAGAUGCAAUACUGAGGCAGAAUGAAGCUUUCCUUCAGCAAGAAAUCUCCAGAGCAGAUGGCCAGUGCGCGGAGAUUCAACUGUCCCUACAGCAAGUCGAGGCCAGCGACAACGGCCAGCAAAAUGGUGAUUUAGAGCAGAGCAGAAAUGAACUUUUGCAGGAGAUCCGGCAGCAGCAGGCCUCCCAUGAUGCGUUUCGAAUCACCUGUGAGGGAGAGUUGUCGAGGACAGUCUAUGAGCGCACCGGGCAGAAGAUUAAGGGGGUCAAGGCAACUAAUCACAGUUCUUCAUUGGCAGGAUUCAUUAACACCUCAGGAGAUGAGUUAACGAUUGAUCAGGAUAUCUCGGAUGUUACUGCUGACAACUGGAGUGUUGCAGCUGCUGGAGUCAUUAAGAAUUUGAACUUCAAGGAUUUGCGUUCGACUGCCACUUCUCGUCAGACGCCUUAA